UUUAACAUGAACAGUCUUCUGUUUUCCACCAUUCGUAACUCUCACAAACAACGUGCGAACCAGAAACACUAGCAACUUGCCUUACUUUUUUAUUCCUCCCUUCUUCUUCUUCUUCUUCUUCUUCUCCGUCAUGAUCAUGAUCGUCAUCUCUUUGUCCUCACCAGUAAACGAAAACCCAGAUGAUUUAAUUAAAAACUCCACAAGAUCUUCCAGACCCAUGUCAAAAAUUUACAUCUUUAUCGAGAUUUAGAUUCAAGCGCUAACUUACAUCUGACACAAGCAAAAAAAGGCUGGUGAUGGUUGAGGUUCCUGGCUCUGUGGGCACAACUGCAAGCCUUUCCUUAAGAUUAGGGCAAACGAUACUAGCAUUUGGCGCUCUUCUCUUCAUGACCAUUGGUGUUCGCUUCUACCAGUUCACUGCUUUCUGCUUCCUGGUGACGAUCAUGUCUGUAGCUAUACCAUGGAAUCUGACAUUAGCAAUGGUCGAUAUCUAUUGUAUUCUUCUCAAUCAACAAUUUCAAAAGCCAAGGAUCCUUCUAGCUAUCUCUAUUGGUGAUUGGGUGGUGUCUGUUCUAGUGUUGGCUGCAGCAUCAUCAGCAGCUAGUGUUGUUGAUAUUCUGCGAUCAGAUGGAUCCUCUUGCCCUCCAACAGUCUGCAACAGAUAUCAAUUUGCAGCAACAUUAGCUUUCCUGACUUGGUUCUUAUCUCUUUCUUCUUCUCUCUUCAAUCUCUGGUUACUUCCCUCUCUGAUCUAAAACAAAACUUAAACUAGAUAGGUAGCAAACACAAAAUUGUCUAUAGAAAAACUCAAGUCUUUGUAACUUGAUAGAUUAUCAAGACUCAUUAUCAAAAAAAAACUUUAUAAGAGA